AUAAGACAAGAGUACUAACCACUCCAAAGUAAAAAUGGCUUUUCUAUCAUCAGUUCUUAAGCAAUUGGCGUAUGAACCAAGUUCAACCCAUUACCUUACAGCUUUCUUCUGCUUCGUAAGCCUCCUGCUUAUGCUUAAGCUAACAAGAAGAAACAAGUCCAAUUUUCCUCCAUCACCACCAAAGUUACCAAUAAUUGGCAAUCUUCAUCAGCUAGGCACACUGCCACACCGCUCCUUCCAAGCACUCUCUCGCAAGUAUGGCCCUCUAAUGAUGCUGCAAUUAGGCCAAACUCCAACCCUAGUGGUCUCAUCAGCUGACGUGGCCAGAGAAAUAAUCAAGACGCAUGAUGUUGUUUUCUCCAACCGACCACAACCUACGGCUGCUAAAAUCUUUCUCUAUAAUUGCAAGGAUGUUGGUUUUGCGCCCUACGGCGAAGAGUGGAGACAGACGAAGAAGACAUGUGUGGUUGAGCUUCUGAGCCAGAGAAAGGUGCGGUCGUUUCGUUCUAUCCGAGAAGAGGUUGUUUCGGAGUUGGUUGAAGCUGUACGUGAAGCAUGUGGUGGUAGUGAAAGAGAAAAUCGACCAUGUGUGAAUCUGAGUGAGAUGCUGAUUGCAGCUUCCAACAACAUUGUUUCAAGAUGUGUAAUUGGACGGAAGUGUGAUGCUACAGUGGGUGAUAGCGUGAAUUGCAGCUUUGGAGAACUGGGAAGAAAGAUUAUGAGACUAUUCUCGGCUUUCUGCGUCGGUGAUUUCUUCCCUUCGUUGGGUUGGGUUGACUAUCUGACUGGCCUUAUUCCGGAAAUGAAGGCCACGUUUCUUGCAGUUGAUGCUUUCCUUGACGAGGUAAUUGCAGAACGCGAGAGCAGUAACAGGAAGAAUGAUCACUCUUUCAUGGGAAUUCUCCUUCAACUUCAAGAGUGUGGGAGGCUUGACUUUCAGCUCAGCCGAGAUAACCUCAAAGCAAUCCUAAUGGACAUGAUAAUAGGUGGGAGCGACACCACUUCAACAACUCUAGAAUGGGCUUUUGCAGAGCUCCUUAGGAAGCCAAAUACUAUGAAGAAAGCUCAAGAAGAGAUAAGAAGAGUGGUGGGAAUCAAUUCUAGAGUAGUAUUAGAUGAAAAUUGUGUGAAUCAAAUGAACUACUUGAAAUGUGUAGUCAAAGAAACUUUGAGAUUACAUUCACCUGUUCCUCUUUUGGUUGCUCGAGAGACAUCAUCAAGUGUAAAACUAAGAGGGUACGAUAUUCCCGCCAAAACAAUGGUAUUUAUCAAUGCAUGGGCAAUCCAGAGGGAUCCUGAAUUAUGGGAUGAUCCUGAAGAAUUUAUUCCUGAAAGAUUUGAAACUAGCCAAAUUGAUCUUAAUGGACAAGAUUUUCAAUUAAUUCCAUUUGGUAGUGGGAGAAGGGGAUGUCCUGCUAUGUCAUUUGGGCUUGCUUCAACUGAGUAUGUUCUUGCUAAUCUUUUGUAUUGGUUCAAUUGGAAUAUGUCCGAGUCUGGUAUGUUGAUGCACAACAUUGACAUGAAUGAGACCAAUGGACUCACUGUCUCCAAAAAAAUACCACUUCAUCUUGAACCAGAACCACAUAUACCCUGAUCAUGUCACAAUUUGCAUGUUUUGAAAUACCUCUAAAAAGUAUAUAAGUACUUCAAUUUAGUAUUGGAUGUACGUAAAAGCUAUACAACCUGGAGUGUUAACAAGCUAGGAUGUGUGUUUAUGGAGUAAUGAGUGAGGUUCCAAACAAGUUAAUUAUUCGUCUCAAUAUAUUGUUAUUUUCGUUCUCUUGUAAUUAGUUUGUCUUUUGAAUAUGCUGUUUCACUUUCAUUUUUGUGUAUAAUUUGUUGAGCUGUGGCAGAUAUUAAUAAAAUUUUGAAGCGUGUUCUCAAAUUCUA